CCGCUCCGCCCGCCGCCCUGCGGCGCCCCGCCCUCCCCAACCGCCCGCCUAGCAUGGUGCGGCGGCCGCGCGCGCCGACAUGGGGGAGAAGCUGGAGCUGAGGCUCAAGUCGCCCGUGGGGGCCGAGCCCGCCGUCUACCCGUGGCCGCUGCCGGUCUACGACAAACAUCAUGAUGCUGCUCAUGAGAUCAUCGAGACUAUCCGAUGGGUCUGUGAAGAGAUUCCAGAUCUCAAGCUUGCCAUGGAGAACUACGUUUUAAUUGACUACGACACCAAAAGCUUUGAAAGCAUGCAGAGGCUGUGUGACAAGUACAACCGUGCCAUCGACAGCAUCCACCAGCUGUGGAAGGGCACCACCCAGCCCAUGAAGCUGAACACACGACCGUCCAAUGGGCUCCUGCGACACAUCCUGCAGCAGGUCUACAACCACUCAGUGACCGACCCUGAGAAGCUCAACAACUAUGAGCCCUUCUCCCCUGAGGUGUAUGGGGAGACCUCCUUUGACCUGGUGGCCCAGAUGAUUGAUGAGAUCAAGAUGACUGAGGACGAUCUCUUUGUGGACUUGGGCAGUGGUGUGGGGCAGGUUGUCCUUCAGGUUGCUGCAGCCACCAACUGCAAGCAUCACUAUGGAGUGGAGAAAGCAGACAUCCCAGCUAAGUACGCGGAGACCAUGGACCGAGAGUUCAGGAAGUGGAUGAAAUGGUAUGGAAAAAAGCAUGCAGAAUACACACUGGAACGAGGCGAUUUCCUCUCAGAAGAGUGGAGAGAGCGGAUCGCCAACACAAGUGUUAUAUUUGUGAAUAACUUUGCCUUUGGUCCUGAGGUGGAUCACCAGCUGAAGGAGCGGUUUGCAAACAUGAAGGAAGGUGGCAGAAUCGUGUCCUCGAAACCCUUCGCACCUCUCAACUUCAGAAUCAACAGUAGAAACUUGAGUGACAUUGGCACCAUCAUGCGUGUGGUUGAGCUGUCACCCCUGAAGGGCUCGGUGUCGUGGACGGGGAAGCCAGUCUCCUACUACCUGCACACCAUCGACCGCACCAUACUUGAAAACUAUUUUUCUAGUCUGAAAAACCCAAAACUCAGGGAGGAGCAAGAGGCAGCUCGGCGUCGGCAGCAGCGAGAGAGCAAGAGCAACGCGACCACCCCCACCAAGGUCCCCGAGAGCAAGGCGGCCGCACCCGCCAAGGUCCCCGAGAGCAAGGCGGCUGGGCCCGCUGAGGCCCCCAGGGAUUCUGGUGCUGAGGAGGAAAAAGCGGGGGUAACCACUGUCAAAAAGCCAUCUCCCUCCAAAGCCCGGAAGAAGAAAUUGAACAAGAAGGGGCGGAAGAUGGCUGGCCGAAAGCGUGGGCGUCCCAAGAAAAUGAACACUGCAAACCCCGAGCGCAAGCCCAAGAAGAACCAAUCUGCACUGGAUCUCCUGCACAGCCAGACCGUGUCCCGGACAGGGACAGCAUCCUCCUCGCCCCAGGAUGCCUGCCGGUCACCUCACAGCCCGUUCUACCAGCUACCUCCCAGUGUGCAGCGGCACUCCCCCAACCCACUGCUGGUGGCGCCCACCCCACCUGCGCUACAAAAGCUGCUAGAGUCGUUCAAGAUUCAGUACCUGCAGUUCCUGGCUUACACGAAGACCCCCCAGUACAAGGCCAACCUGCAGCAGCUGCUGGACCAGGAGAAGGAGAGGAACGCCCAGUUGCUGGGCACCGCACAGCAGCUCUUCGGCCACUGCCAGGCCCAGAAGGAGGAGAUCAGGAGACUCUUCCAGCAAAAACUGGAUGAGCUGGGUGUGAAGGCCCUGACCUACAAUGACCUGAUCCAAGCCCAGAAGGAGAUCUCUGCUCACAACCAGCAGCUGCGGGAGCAGUCCGAGCAGCUGGAGAGGGACAACAGCGAGCUGCGCAGCCAGAGCCUGCAGCUGCUCCGGGCCCGGUGUGAGGAGCUGAAGUUGGAUUGGUCCUCCCUGUCCCUGGAGAACCUGCGCAAGGAGAAGCAGGCCCUGAGGAGCCAGAUCUCGGAGAAGCAGCGGCACUGCCUGGAGCUGCAGAUCAGCAUUGUGGAGCUGGAAAAGAGCCAGCGGCAGCAGGAGCUUCUGCAGCUCAAGUCCUGCGUGCCGCCUGACGAUGCGCUGUCCAUGCACCUGCGCGGGAAGGGCACCCUGGGCCGGGAGCUGGAGGCGGAGGCCAGCAGGCUGCACUUGGAGCUGGACUGUGCCAGGCUUGCCCUGCCUCACGUGAGCAGCAUGAGCCCAGAGCUCUCCAUGAAUGGCCACGCCACCAGCUAUGAGCUCUGUGGUGCUCUGAGUCGGCCUUCUUCCAAGCAGAACACCCCCCAGUACCUCGCCUCCCCCUUGGACCAGGAGGUCGUGCCCUGCACCCCCAGCCACAGCGGCCGCCCCCGGCUGGAGAAGCUGUCGGGCCUGGCCUUGCCGGACUACACCAGGCUCUCCCCAGCCAAGAUCGUGCUUAGGAGGCACCUGAGCCAGGACCACGCUGGGCCUGCCAAGAUGGUUGCCAGUGAAGUGCACUCGCGAGCUGAGCACGCCAAGGAAAGCAGCCUUCCCUGCCAGAGCCCUGGCCUCUCGAGCAGCAUGAAGCUGAGCCCUCAAGACCCCCGGCCCACUUCUCCAGGGGCCUUGCCCAUCGCAGGAGAAAAGAGCAGUGAGAAGAGUGGGAAGGAGCGAGCCUAUGGCGGCCACGGGGAGACCAUCACCAGCCUGCCCAUCAGCAUCCCGCUCAGCACUGUGCAGCCAAACAAGCUUCCUGUCAGCAUUCCCCUGGCCAGUGUGGUGCUGCCCAGCCGCGCCGAGAGGGUGAGGAGCACCCCCAGCCCUGUGCCGCAGCCCCGAGACUCUUCGUCUACCCUGGAGAAGCAGAAUGGUGCUAACGCCCAUGCCGCUGGGAGUAGUGCAGGAGGCAGGGGCCUCUCUCUGGCACCCACAGGAUUCUACUCUGGCUCCAUGGCCAUCAGCGGGGCCCUGGUGGGCAGCCCUGCUCCACUCGCCUCUGGAGCUGAGCCUGUGGCCCUGGAUGAGCCCUCUAGCUCCGGGAGCCUCUUCACCACUGUGGGGUCCCGCAGCACCACGCCGCAGCACCCUCUGCUGAUGCCGCCCCGACACCCGGGCCCCGCCUCUCCUGCCCACCCGCUCUCUGCCAGCCCUCGGCUGGCUGGUGCCACCCAGUGCCCACCUCCUGACGUCGGCAAGGGAGACUUGCCCUCUGACUCGGGCUUCUCAGACCCGGAGAGUGAAGCCAAGAGGAGGAUCGUGUUUACCAUCUCAGCUGGUGGGGGCAGCACCAAGCAGUCGCCUUCCACCAAGCACAGCCCCCUGGCCCCAGGAGCCCGCGGAGACUGUGGGCAGAGCCAUGGGCAGGACAGCCGCAAGCGUGGCCGGAGGAAGCGCACGUCAGCUGGGACCCCAAGCCUGAGCACAGGCGUGUCCCCCAAGCGCCGGGCCCUGCCGUCUGUUGCUGGCCUCUUCACACAGUCCUCAGGGUCCCCCCUCAACCUCAGCUCCAUGGUCAGUAACAUCAACCAGCCCUUAGAGAUCACGGCCAUCUCAUCCCCUGAGAACUCGCUGAAGAGCUCCCCCAUCCCCUACCAGGACCACGACCAGCCGCCCGUGCUCAAGAAGGAGCGGCCCCUGAGCCAGACCAACGGGGCCCACUACUCCCCACUGACCUCUGAUGAGGAGCCAGGUUCUGAGGACGAGCCCAGCAGCACCCGAAUUGAGAGAAAAAUUGCAACAAUCUCCUUAGAAAGUAAAUCUCCCCCCAAAACCUUGGAAAACGCAGGUGGUGGCUUGGGACGGAAGCCAGCCCCUGCGAGCGAGCCCGUCAACAGCAGCAAGUGGAAAUCCACCUUCUCACCCAUCUCCGACAUUGGCCUGGCCAAGUCUGCAGACAGCCCCCUGCAGGCGAGCUCCGCGCUGGGCCAGAGCUCCUUGUUCGCCUUUCGGCCAGCCCCAGAGGAGCCUGUCGCGGCCGAGGCCAAGCUGGCUACCCACCCAAGGAAAGGCUUUUCUGGCUCGCUGUCAGGGGCAGAUGGGCUCAGCCCAGGCGCCAACCCUCCCAACGGCCUGGCCUUCAGCGGGGGCCUUGCCGCGGACCUCAGUUUACAUGGCUUCAACGACGGUGCUUCCCUUUCCCACAAGGGCCCUGAAGUGGCCGGUCUGAGUGCCCCACUGAGCUUCCCCUCCCAGCGGGGCAAGGAGGGCCCCUCUGAGGCCAACCCCUUCCUGAACAAGAGGCAGCUGGAGGGCCUGGGUGGCCUGAAGGGUGAGGGUGGCCCUGGCAAGGAGCCCACUGAGCCUGGCCUGCCCCCUUGCGGGCCCACGGACAAGGCUGCCCUGCCACACGGCAGCAGGCCCAGCAAAGGCCGGGACCGCGAGCUGGACUUCAAGAACGGCCACAAUCUCUUCAUCUCCGCCGCGACGGUGCCUCCUGGGGGCCUCCUGGGAGGCCCUGGCCUCGCCACCGCAGUGUCCUCUGCCGGCAGUGCAGCUCCCGCCACCCAGGCACACCGCCCCUUCUUGGGCACCUUCGCCCCUGGGCCCCAGUUCACCCUGGGCCCCAUGUCCCUACAGGCCAACCUCGGUUCUGUGGCUGGCUCAUCUGUGCUACAAUCCUUAUUCAGCUCCGUGCCGGCCGCCGCGGGCCUGGUACAUGUGUCGUCCGCCGCAACUAGACUGACCAACUCCCACACCAUGGGCAGCUUCUCUUCUGGGGUGGCUGGCGGAACCGUUGGAGGUAACUAGGACUUCUACCUCAACCGCGCGACUAUGCAAGGAUGGUGUGGACCAACGCGCCUGCUGCUCAGUGCUCGCUGGCCUACUGGGCCCCCACCUGGACGGCGGGGACAGGACAGGGACAAGGAGCUCCACUGUGAAUCGGCGGCACGCGCAGGAGGUGCUGCCACAGUCCAGUUUGUACUGUCGAUAGUUUUAGAUAAAGUAUUUAUCGUUUUUUAAAAAGUAUAAACAAUUCUGACUUAUUUUAUUCCAUCUAAGUCGUCAAAGGCAACCUAUUGAGAAGUAUAAAUGUCUAUGUAAGAGAGUCUAUAUCUAGAUACACGGACCUGCAGGGCUGCCCGCCCCCGGAGACGCCGCCAGCCCGCCCGGUGCUAUCGCGACACCAGGCCCGUGCCUGCCUCCACCUCUCGGUGCUGCCCUGGACACUGACCAACGCCAAAACCAGUCCUCAGAAACGUCCUCCCCAGCGCCCGUCACUUGAUCCUGUACCAAAGGCUUGCCCGAUCGUGGUCAGGGCCCUCAGAGGAGGCCCUCUUCCUGGUGGCCAGCACUGACCUUGCAGCCCUGCCUUCCUCUGGAGCCCCUUGAGCCUUCUGCCCCCACCGCCUCCUGCCCCCUCACUGUGAACACCCCCAACUGUCAACCUUUCGGCUUAGGGUCCAGCCUUUGGCAUCCUGGGCAGUGGGCACAGCUCUGUGGCAGGCGUGGUUCUGACUGGUGCUCCCGAAGGCUCUGCGCCGGUGUUGUGCCCAGUGCAGUCACUUCCGUGUUUUUCUUUGGUUUGUGGCACCCUGCUUGGUGACCUGGGGCAGGCCCAUGGUGGGUCCCCUUGUAUUUGUGUAUCUGAGAGAGUCACACUGAAGAGUGACAGUAUUUUAUAGAGAUGUGAUGAGAAUUUAUAAAUUUCAUAGACUUGACUGCAUUUAUUUUUAGAUUGUAUAAUGCACAGUGAACUUUAACAGAAGAGAAAGCAAGGGAGAAAGAAACCUUUAUAUUUAUUCAAAUGCACAAAACUGGCAUGGGCUCCAGGGCCGGCCCUCACUGCAGACCUCACAGAGCKCGCCUCAGAGGGGCCUGGCCCACCCUGCCCUCAGGAAGGCUCGCCCCUGACACAGACCACAGGGUGCCUGUGCUGUCGGGGUACUCUGGGCCUGCAGGUCUGGAGGGGAUGCCGGCUCCUCCGGCAGCCUCGUUGGUGCUGAGAACGGAUGCGUGGUGUAGCCACAGACGGGCCAGGGCUGCUGGGCCUCCAGGGUGUCCUUGCCUCUCUGAAGCCUCAGCAGACCCCUGGCGGCUCUUGAAGCCUGUCCCAGACCUGGUGCCCCUCCCCCUGCAGUGAGUUCUGCAGAUGGUGCUGGUGACCCACCCCUCCUGUUGGUGCUCUCGGCCAGGCCUGCAGGUGCUGUGCCUCAUUCCCAGGGGCUCCAGCUCAGCCCUUAGCACGGCAGUGCCCUGCUUGGUGUGGGGGACUGAGGGUCACUUCUUACCACACAGCUUCCCCAGGUGCCACAGGGUGGUAGAAGUGAAGUCCACACACAGCAAGUCCCUGGUCUGAUACAAACCCAUUCUUUAAACACUGUAUGCUUCCGCCCACCUCCCCGGGUAGUGGAGGCUUGUGUGUGGGGCAGGCCAUGCCAACGUGGCCUCCUGCCCACACACCUUCCUAUAACUAAUCUGCACCUACGCUUGAGUGUCGGGAGAUACCACCACAUGUUGGGCAUGUGCCUGACACUGAGCCCUACUGGGUCUCAGGUGUCCCAGCAAGUUCCCCCUUGAGCCCACCAGGGGAUGGGCCUGUAACCCAAGCCCCAGCUGACCAUGGGGCCAGUAGCCUCCUGUUCUCAGCACCCCAGGCCCCUGCUACCCUCAGAUACCACCCAGACUGACCCACUGCCCACGUGCUGGCACCCAGGGAUGCUGGUGUGGGGCAGCGCUGACAGAGCUGUGCGGGAGUCUGAGGCUGACACCCGUCUCCAUUACCUUGGGAGGGGGGGUGGGUGCUGCUGGGUGCUGCUGGGUGCUGAGGGUGACUGCAGGGAAGCCCUGGAGCGCCAACUGGCUCCCGCUCAGGAAUUGUCAGGAAGCCGUAAGGACUGGGCCCUGUAGGCUGCCUGCUGGUCAGCAUCUACACUAACCUAGGAACCUGGGACUCGUCACCCUGUUGGACCCCCCUCCUCGUCCUGGUGUAAUGUCCAUCCACAUAGCCUUCCCUUGCCCAGCUUGUUUGUAACGCAGCACAGCCUCGUUUCAACUCUGUAGUGUACUCUGUACUCGCUGGGCGCAUGGCCAGCUCCAACCCUGGCGCCCGCUGCAUUGUUCCACCUCUGGGCGCUGUAAUAAAACAGUUUUCACCUGGACCUGGUCUGAAUGCCAUCCUUUCUUCCUGGUGACGUGACAGUGAUGCGUGUUGUCCCUCUGGUGGGGAACCCUCCACCCACGGGUGAGGGUAGCAGCAGCCGUGGGAGCUGACAGUGGCAGAGGGGACCCUGCCCCGGGGAGGCCAAGCCCCACCCUUCAGUACUGGGCCUUGAACCCACAACCUCAGGCAUGAACUGACCUGCGACCCAGCCUUGGUGGAAAAAUGCUCUUUUCUGGUCACACCCAAGCUGARGUCUGCCAGCACCCUGGGUGCAGCCACAGGGUCAUCCAGGAUUGCUGUGACCCCAUUCCUCCAUGGGYAGGGGCCUCUGCCACCAUUCCCAACUCUAGAUCUGAACUUUGAAAGAACCCCUCGUCGGGCUGGGGAUGUGGCUCAAGCGGUAGCGCGCUCGCCUGGCAUGCGUGCC